AUGGGGCAGGUAAUGGGUUCAUUGACUAGUAGGAAGCUAGGCCUUGAGCCUAACAGGCCGCCAGAGUUCGGUCCAAUGGUUGGGUUCACAUACAAAAGGCUGCCUCGCAAGAUGGACAGAGAGGUGAAAGAGGAAGAGUUGGUGUCUGCCCGCAUUCCCCCAAAGUACCGGGACUACUGCGCGGACUACCUGCUGGACUACCAAGUGUGUCGACACAUCAAUUUUCCCCUGGUAUAUAAAUGCCAUUGUGAGAAACACAAUUACCUCAACUGUGAACAGCAAGAUUAUGUUAUUAGGAUGAAGGAAUUUGAAAGAGAAAGAAGGUUGAGAUGUAGAGAGAAUAGAUUAAAAGAGUGCAAUUAA